CCCUCCUCUGCUGACGGAAUAGUGGGUGUACAGCACGCCGCAUUUGAACUUGCUGCCUCCUUGCUUUGGUGGUUCUUUUAGACAAGGGACCUGGAGAACAGGACACCUUCUUAACUGCUCAGCACUGCCGCUCCAGACCUCCGUAGAAGGCGCAUCUCGGGCUGCCUGUCGUUUGGUGAUGCGCAUGCACAUUCUGGACAUACUGGAAUAAAAACUGAUCAGUAGAGCAGCAUUGGCGCUUGUGGAGCAAGUGGAUUUACAUGUUCAAGAUGAAGAUGCUAAUGAAUGUGAAACAUAUAUUGUGGUUAUUCAGCACCCUUAUUGCAUCAUCUGCCCCGUUCAAAGGGAAAGUUGCUGUGGUUGAUGUCGAGAAAACUCCUCCUGUUAGUGGAAUUCUUUCAGGCAGAGUAGUGCUUCCAUGCUUCUUUUCAACGGUGCCCACAGCCUCUCCUAGUCCAAUCCCCAGUACCUCUGGCGAUCACCUGAGAAUUAAGUGGACCAAACUAGAGAAAGACAAGGAGACCACUGUACUUGUAGCUCAAAAUGGCGUGAUUAAAAUUGGUUUAGGCUACAAGAAUAGGGUGUCAGUGCCCAGCCAUCCAGAAGACAUUGGUGAUGCCUCACUGACUGUUGUUAAGCUACGUGCAAGCGAUGCUGGAGUUUACCGCUGUGAGGUCAUGUAUGGAAUUGAAGACACCCAGGAAACUAUAUCUUUAGAUGUAUCUGGUGUUGUUUUUCACUACCGUCCUAAGACCGAUAGAUACACUCUUACUUUUGAAGAGGCCAAGAAAACAUGUGAAGAUGUUGGAGCUACAAUUGCUACUUCUGGGCAGCUGCGUGCAUCUUAUGAGGAUGGAUUUGAUCAAUGUGAUGCUGGCUGGAUUGCUGACCAAACUGUUAGGUACCCUAUCACAAGACCUAGGCUAGGCUGUUAUGGAGACAAAAUGGGACGUCCUGGCAUAAGAACAUAUGGCAUACGAGACCCUAAGGAAACAUAUGAUGUCUACUGUUUUGCAGACAAACUUGAUGGGGAAGUGUUUUACGUACCUUUCAAGAUGACUCUUGAAGAAGCGAAGGAAGAGUGUGUGAAGAAGCAGGCGGUGCUGGCCAACCCUGGUCAACUCCACGCAGCCUGGAGAAGUGGGCUUGAUCAGUGCGAUUAUGGAUGGCUUACUGAUGGAAGUGCUCGAUAUCCCAUUGCGGUUGCCAGAACCCAGUGUGGUGGGGGUCUUCUUGGUGUCCGGACCCUUUAUCUACACAAGAAUCAGACUGGUUUUCCAGAUCCAGUCACCAAUUUUGGUGCAUACUGUUUUAGAGGAAACCUUACAAGUAAGAAGGAAACUUCUGUUGAAGUGAUUAUUCAUAGCAUACCUUUGGAAAUGAAGCCUGGGAUAUUUCAAACAUUGAAACCCACAGAUUCAACCACAAAGACCCCAACAUUAAAACCUACUUCUGGUAUGAUCGACCUUGAAACAGGAACCAAAAAAGAAUCUCAAGCUCCUUCUGGUUUGACAACAACAAUAUUACCAGCUGAAUCUUCCUAUGUCAAAGAAGAAGAAAUUCAAGGCAUUUCAACUGUAGCAACAGUUGAAACAGACAGAACACUCCAGCCAAUGGAAGUAGAAGCAGUGCCACGCAGCCAUGAUAAAACUACUGCAGAGGAGUUGGAUGAUAACAUAGAUGCAACAACUGAAUAUCCAUCAAUGUUCUCAACUAGUAUGGCCAGCCCUACUGCUGAUUUAAUAAAAGGUGGGGAAACUACUGAGAUGGAGACAAUUGCAGUCCUCCCUACAGAUGCAUCUGAGCAAGAAAACCCCCUGUCAAUAUCCAAUAAUGUUGGUGGUGAUCAUGAUGAUGAACUGCUAAAUGCUACUGUUAGUAGUAUUACUACUUCUAAGUCUACAGGAAUGUCAGUUGGAAGUGACCAAAGCACAGAUAUUUAUGUUUCUCAUGGAAACAUUUUGGAGUCAGAACCCAUUGAGAGUAGCAGAGGUGACACAUUUUAUAAACCAGAUGAGCAAACCACACUGACAAAAGAUUCAGCGAUACAAUCUUAUACAGAUUCUUUUGAAUUUAAAGUUUUCCAUUCAUUUCCUACAACAACAUCCCCUUUACAGACUAGCUCGGUGAAGAAAUAUCCCAAAUUAGAUGUUGAAGAUGAUUUGUUAGAAAGCAGACCUAGUUAUUUACCUACUGUCAAAGAUGAUGAAACCAAAAUUACAACAGAAACAGUUUCACAGGCUACCCCCUCUUUAGAUGUUCACUCAGCUGCUGAUACAAAGAUUUCAGACAUGACUACAUCUCUGCCCCAUUCACAAAUGCCACAUCAUGAAGUUGUCACUGAAAAAUCAGAAGUUGCUCCAACCAAAACUGAUUCCCCUGAUAUUCUGUCACCGCUGACUCUAAUAGAGGAUUUGCAUGUUAAAAAUGAAACCACGGAAACACCAAUGGAAGCUAAAAGUGAUAGCAAUUUUACAAAAAUAGUGCUUUCGCCUGAGGUUGAUGUACCAUUAGAACCUGCUAAGGACCAUCAGACUACAUUAGAUGAUAGUGUUGCUGAUUUAAUUCAGAAUACAAAGGUACCAGACGAACAAACAUCCAAAGACUCUGCAGCAUUAAUUUUUCCCACUUCAACUGUAACUACAAAAACUGAAAAAGAAAUAUACACAGAGAGUUCUCAUUUCUCCGGUUUAUCUUCAGAUAUACCACCUACUUCACAAACCACAUCAUCAGAAGACAAAGAAGCUGUAACAACUCAGAAAACUGAAGAAGAAGGAAGCACUAUGGAUGGACAAGAUAUACCUAUGUUUGACAUAACCACAGCCUUCCCUUUGGGGCAUGACUGUAAUACGCACUCAAGUCUAGACUUGGACACUUUAGACAAAACUACAGGUACAGUGCUCUCUCAGUCUACUAGUCAUUUAGGAACAACAGUCAAAUUUGAAUCCGAAGGCUCAGGGGUGGAUGAAAAAGGUAUUACAUCAUCUGUUCUUAUUACAGAUGUUCAUGGUACAACAGCAUCUCCUUCACAAGUCACACAAGAGAAAACAACUGUGAAAGAUCUGGUAAGCAAGUUAAUAUUAGAUGAAGAAGGAAGUGCUAUGUUUUCAAAAGAAAAGUCAGAAUCAGCAACAGUUGCACCUAGAACAAUACAAGCAACAUCAAAUGCAGGUAAGAACUUGAUUCUGCCAGCAGAUACUGAAGGUACUGUCAAACCAAAAGAAUCCACUCAUUCUGUUGAUGCUGAAGAUGCUGUGUAUUCAACAGUUUUGCAUAAAGAGCCAACAUCUGCUACUAGUUACCAAGAUACCCUAACUGAAGAAGGCAGCGCUACAGAAACUGCAGUUGUGCCAGACAGCAGUGAAAGUGUACAGCCAAUACCUACAAGUGAUACUAAAGAAGAGAUGUCAUCUAAAGAGGGUUUUACUAUUGUAAAAACCAGUGAAAGACCACUAGUAAAAUAUGAAACAAGUACAUCAAGGUACAGUUUGGAAACUUUCUUUACUGAGCCCUCUGGAACAAUUGUAACUUCUGCUACUGCCCUGCUUGAAGCAUCUCAGGACAGCAAAGACAUUGAGAUUCCUGAGGGAUCAGCAAUGUAUGAGGAGACUGCUGAAGUACAAAAAACCACACUUUCUGAAGACACACCUGCAGAAAUACCAUCUAAACACACUUUGAGAGUUCUAAAACCCAGUGGAAGACCACCAGCAGCAUAUGAAACAAGUACAUCAAGGUCCAGUUCCGGAACUUUCUUUACAAUGCCUCCCAGAACAAUUGUAACUUCUGCUUCUGCUCAGUUAAAAACAAGUCAGGUCAGCAAAGAGACUGAGAUUUCCGAGGGGUCAGCUAUGUAUGAAGAGGUCACUGAACUGCAAACUGCUACUCUUCCUAGAGAUCACUCUGAACAAACAGAAGCUGACCAACAGAAAAUGGAUGAUGUGUUUGCAACAAGUGAAGUUUCUGUACUUUCUCAGAUUACCACAAUACUGUCUACAGGAAGUAAGGAACAUGGUGCUGUCACCUCUGACUAUCCAGUUGAGGCAACAAAAUCCAUUUUGCUUCCUGCACCCUCUGGUGUUCAUGGAGUAACAUCUGAAUCCCAAACAGAUACCAUUACAAUUACAAUUAAACCUGAAGAUCUACAUUAUACAACAGGGACUGACAUGCUAGAUCCUCAAUCUGGUGUAGAAGCAGAACCACCAAAUGAAGAAGGCUCAACUAUUUAUGAGGAUAUGACAGGCAGAGAAACCAGUACGGCAAGUGUUAUAUAUCUACCAACAUCUGCUCAAACAGAGCCAGACAAAGUGAUACUUAAAGAUUUGACAAGUGAGGAUCAGUCAGUAUAUAGUGAAACAAUAGCUAUUUCCACUUACACUGGUUUAAAAUUAGACAGUGGUUCUGAUAUGCAAGCUGUAACAGAUUCAUCUACCUUCAGAAAAACCACAGAUCAAGGAUUAGGCAAACUCUCAGAACUUACUGAAAAGUUUGAAACUAAAGAACAGCCUUCAGGCAUCCACACUAUUAGCGCAAAGCCAUUAAUCAGUCAUCCAACUGAUGAGACAGUUUUAUCAACCAAAGUAAUUAUGGAGCCUACAGCUAGCUCUGAAACAUAUGUGCAAACCACUUCCUCUAGAACAGAAGAAGCAGGAUCGACAAUGGAGCCAGAUGAAUGGCAUGAAGAAACUGUAAAAACUGAAAAACCCACACCUUGUACAGCAGGCACUGAAUGUAUAACUAGCCUUCCUUUUUCAGAAAUGACAAAACCCAGGGAGUCCUUGGAAGGAUCAGGAAUAGGUAUGGACAAUUUCCCUCCUGAAAAGUCGAGCCAGUCUCCCAACUUACCCUUUGACUUUAGCACCACUGCCCCCGAAUUAGUAGAGAAAACAUCAUCAAUGAUGUCCACAUCAGCAUUCUUAUCAACAGACCACACUGACCUGAAAACUUCAGGAAUAACUGAAUCGUUGAGAAUAUCGCCAAAAGAUGUUAUUUUAGAAGAGGAAGGUUCUGCAAUCCUCGAAGCAACUAAAACAACUCCACCAGUUUACAUAGCAUCUUCUGAAUUUAGUUCUACCGUUAAAAUGGAACUCCAGGAAACGCCAGCAGGCAGUGAUGAUGAGCAGACCGAAAAAUUGGAAGGUGGCAUCACUGAAAUUGAAGCACGUGCACCUGUCAUAAAAGAUGACCUAGAAGGAUCCGCAGGUUCUGAAGAACCAAGCACACAUACAGAAGAGGAGUCAGGAUUAACAAAAGAAUCUGUGACACAAAAUGUUACAGAAGCAACAAAGAUACAAGGUCUCUCAAGCUCUGAAGUAACUACUUUCAAAUCAAUGGAAACUCCUGCUGAACCCACCACUCAAAGCACACAUGCAGAAAAACCAGUUAUUGUAUAUAAGUUACCAACAACUGCUACAAAAAAAAUUGAUAUGUCAACAUUAAAGCCAACUGAGGCUCUGUCGGUUUCUUCUAUGUUCAGUCUCCCUGAGGAAAGCAUUACAGACAAGAAAACAUUGCCUGAAAUGAGUCCAGUGACUGACUGGUCACCUGUUAGUUUUGAAACAGAAUCACAAGGAAGUGACACUACUAAAGAUAUUGUUAUCAUAGAUGAAUCCACAGGGGUGCCGGAGCCAUCUGGAGAAGACAUCACAGAUAAGGAUAUUACAACUGAAAUUGACGAUGAAUAUUUUACCACAGCAACAUCAAAGCCUUCUGUUGCUAAACCAACUGAGCCCUCAGAAGUGAGUAAAACAACAGCAGGUUCAGACAUUGGCACCGAACCAUCCAAAACCGAUUUACAUGUAAGUCUGGAGAAGCCAGUUAACCUGACCAAAGUGAAUGUGAUCGUUAUUAAGAUAACUGGAAAAAAUGAAUCAGAUCAGUCAUUGCUAGAUACUCUUGGCAAUCAACUUUUCUCUCCUGAGUUUCAGUUACCUGCUGUUUCAAGUGAGUCCAUUCCUGUGGAAGUUGCUGGUGAGCCUGUGCAAGAAGUAAGCAGACAACCUGAAUCCUAUGCUUCUCCUAUCACUCAGAUACCAGCCUUGAGUUUCAUAAAUGGAAAACAGCAGGUGACUCUUGAACCCAAUGACAAAGUGGAAAAAGAAGCAAAAGGGAAUUUAUUUGAAAGUGUGGCUCAUCCACUGACACCUACAGCGAUACCUCCUGAAGAAACUGCUGCUUCUUCAGCAUCUUGGGAUAGUCAGACAACUUCAGAUCAAAAAGAAGAAUCUGGUGUACUACUGGAAAGUGUGGGAGCUGUAGAAUUAAAUGCUACUGCUGAAUUUCCAACCCCGGGCACACAUCCUCAAUAUAUUGAAUAUUUUACUAGGGAGCCUGGUUCUGGAGAUGAGUAUAUCCCUACAGUGGAAACAGUAACAAAGGGCGAGCUUAUUUCAUCUGACACCUUUGGAACAGCAAUAUCUGAGGUUCCUGUUACUUCUCAGCCUAUUCUCGAUGAUUACAAAAUAUCUAUUUUUCCAUCGCAGAAGGACUCACAUCUGGUAGAUCAGACAAGCUCUGUGGAAUCUCCAUUGUCAAAGGAAAUUGAGACAACACCUGUUGUGCUUCCAGAGGGAGGGGAAGGCUCUGGGAUGCAGGAGAUUAGGGAAGUCACAGAAACUACUUCUCCUUCAAAAAGCAGUGUCAUAGCUGUAACACCCAAAUAUCAAGAUUCAGAAGCUGCAGUGGAUUUACAGCCUGGUUCUGAGGGAAAAGAUUAUGCAGUUUCAGAAGAAUUACCUUUCGUAUCUUCCACCAUAUCACCUAGUAAGAGUACGCUUCCUGAUCCUAAAGAAGAAUCUGAAGAACAACCUGAUGAUAAGACAGAAGAAACUGUUGAAAGUUUACCCCCAUUGAAAGAAAGUGAAGAGGGUUCUGGAGGAGAAAUACUUAUUGAUGACACUACCUUGACUUCUACUCAGCCUUCUUUGAGUAUAAUAAAGUCUGUUACUUUACAUGCACAACCAGAUUCUCACUCUGACGAGACUGAAUCUGUUGAUGCACUAGAAUCUAACACUGCCUUAGAUGCACAUGACCCUCAAGCUGUACAUGAAGAGGAGGUCCAUUCUGUGCAAGCUGCAGUACCAGGUCCUGGAGAAACAGACAUUACAUCAUUGUCAACUGAAGCCACUCUAAAACCUGCCGUCCAGGAAGGAAGUGUAACAAGUCAAAUAAAUGGGUUUGAAUUUCCUGCUCUUGUAUCAACACUUCCUUCUCCUGAAGAAGAAAGUUCUGGUCAUUUGACUGAUGACACUUUAAGAUCUAUAAUGACAACAAGUUCUUCACUGGAUAAAACACCACAACCUGUAUCUGUAAGCAAAGAAGAGGAACAAAGCCAGGCAGAUCCAACAUCUAUAGAAUCAGUUAGUUCUGGGGAAGAGCCAACUGAAGCAGUAUUGCAUAAAUUGUAUACUACAAUACUCCCAAGCAAUGCUGAUGUAGUAAAGGAAGAGGAAAUAGGGGCAUUUACAAGUGCCACAGUAACCAUUCAUAAAGAAGCAGUUUCCACUGAAACCUCAGAAGAUAGCAUGGAAUUAACUAGCACAAGCAGAGUUGUAAUACGUGGACAUGGAUCUGAUGAAACUGAAAACAUUAGUGGGCUUGAUAAAACAACUUUAACAGAUAUUGAUAGCCUGCAGCCAUCAUCACAACGUCCAUCACACAGCCAAGAGGACUUGACUACUACAGAAUCCUCAACAAUCAAGAUGUCUUCAAUAGCCAUUUUUACCGAAGAAGAAAAAGAUGAAGAUAGACUGUUUUCCCCUACACCAAUUAGUUCUGAAGAUAAAGACACCAGCACGGUUAACUCCAAAAUAGGUGAUGAGGAUAUAAUUGAUGCUGAUAUUGUUGAAACAAAAAUUCCUGCUGUUGAAUCCUCUCCACCUACAAUACUUCCAGAAGAAGCUGGAGGUAUGAUACCAGCAGCCAUUACACCCAGAACAAUAAAUGUAGAGGAAAUAGAAGGAUCAAGUGAUGAUGUUUUGACAACCAUUACCAUUAAUACAGAAUCAACAGUUAAAUAUGAAACUACUAAACCAUAUACAGCAACAGUAUAUGAAAGUAAAACAAGUUCUCAGGAUGAAACAUUACAAUAUUUACCACCGAGAGACCGGGAUCCUACAGGAAGUCUGGACGAAACUGAAAGUGAAAUUUCAGAUGUUACAUCUACCACCACUCUUCCCAUAUUACAUGUUAAGGAGACUACUCAGUUUUCAGAGUUGUAUAUACCACAGUCUGAAUCUGUGUUUGAAGAAGCAGUAUCAAAAGUACACGUAACUGUCAAACCACCAACAGACGACGACCUAGUGCAUACAGUCUCUCCAUCUGUUGAACCUACACCAAGCAUUACAUCCAUCAGUACAGAAAGUAAGGUUAAUGAUUUUGAUCCUUUGGACAACAAUCUUCAAAUUUCAACAAGGCCUCAAGAUAUUUCCACAAGGAAGGACGUUUUAGACAUUAUCCUUGACUCAGUAACAGACUCCCCAACAUCUAUGAAAGUAACAGUAUCAGAACAAUUCCAUGGACCACUGUUUAGAAUAACACAACUGCCUGAAUCUAUUGACACAUUCAGAACACAGUCAGUGGUUGAGAGCACUCCUGUCUUAAAUGUUGACAUUGAAAAAUCAGAAGGUCAUUUACAUUCACCUUCAUCUUUACCUAUUGAUUCUGUCGGAGCUUCUGCCACACAAGUUUCAAGUUCACCGGAUAGUGGAUUUGUUAAAUCUGAAGACAUUUUACCUAGUGUUACUCCAUCUGUGGAAUCUCAGCCCACUGGAGUGGAGGAAGUUGAGGGUAUUCAUAAACCAGCUGAAAAGGAAACUUUUGGUGAAGACACAACAACAGAAUCCCCUAAUGAUGAAAAAAUACUAAACAGCACCAUGCCAGAGGAAUUGGAAUCCGAAACUCCAGAGGAAGAGAAAGAGGAUGAGGUUACAGAUUCGAUUGUUGUCACUACAGAAUCUUAUGCUGACAGGGAAUCAUCAGUUCAUGGUCAUAUGAUACGUAUUCCAGGACAAGAGGCCUGUCAAGAAAAUAAAUGUCUCAAUGGAGGGUCUUGUUAUUCAAGAGGAAUUUCCUAUAUCUGCACAUGUCCUCCAGGCUACAGUGGGGAACACUGUGAAAUUGAUAUUGAUGAAUGCCAUUCCAACCCCUGCCGAAAUGGAGCUACUUGCAUUGACAGCAUUAAUUCUUUUACAUGCUUGUGCCUGCCAAGCUAUGGAGGUGGUCUCUGUGAACAAGAUACAGAAACCUGUGACUACGGAUGGCACAAAUUCCAAGGACACUGUUACAAAUACUUUGCUCAUCGCCGAACAUGGGAUGCCGCCGAAAGAGAGUGCCGCUUGCAGGGAGCUCACCUGACCAGCAUUGUCUCUCAUGAGGAGCAACUUUUUGUUAAUCGUUUGGGCCACGACUACCAAUGGAUAGGACUGAAUGAUAAAAUGUUUGAACGUGACUUCCGAUGGACUGAUGGCAAAGCUAUGCAAUAUGAAAACUGGAGACCAAACCAACCUGACAGCUUUUUCUCUUCUGGGGAGGACUGUGUUGUCAUGAUCUGGCAUGAAAAUGGCCAGUGGAAUGAUGUGCCCUGCAAUUACCAUCUCACCUAUACCUGCAAAAAGGGAACAGUUGCCUGUGGUCAGCCUCCUGUUGUGAAAGAUGCAAGAACAUUUGGAAGGAUGCGAUCCCGCUAUGAAAUCAAUUCUUUGGUUAGAUAUCAUUGCAAACAUGGAUUUAUUCAGAGGCACAUUCCGACAAUCAGAUGUAAAGGAGAUGGAAGAUGGGAUGAACCAAAAAUAUCCUGCAUAGCUCCAUCCACCUUUCAAAAGAGUUACACAAAGAGCUACUACACUAGCAAUCACGUAACAAAUGGCGAAAACAGUUCUCCAAAUCAUGAACACCGCUGGAUUGUGAGAAGAGACGGAAGCAGGCACUGACCCUUUCCUUCAGAGGAACAUCCUAAUGCAGAGCCAGCCAAAGUCCUACCAGUGCCUUUAUACAGCAUAAAAGGAAAUUAAAAAAAAAAAAAAAAAACAUUUUUUAAGAUAAGGACUUGAGUGCCUGUUAAGUAUUCACAGAUUUUUCAAGCGAUUUAUUUUUACAUACAAUAAAAAAAAAAAAAAACAAGAAGAAGA